AUGACUUUCCACGCGAAGAACGUGACGAUCUACAGCUACCCUGCCAACAGGCAUGGCCGCGGUCGUGGAGGAGCGAGAGGGAGGAGAGGCAGAGGAGGAGGGAGAGGAAGGGGUGGGGGACGCGGGGGCCGUGGCGGGGGGUUGCUUGACGGCGCCUCCAGGUCGACGGAGGAGGAGGAGAGGAGGAAGGAGGCCGAGAGGCAGCGGCUUCGAGGCCUUUCGCAGGAGGAGAAGGCGGCAGAGGCUGCUCGUCUCCGCAGGGGGAUUGAGCUCGACAGGUUGCAAAUCCUCUGGAAAGAGGAAAGGAUUUCGAUCCUUGAGGAGGGCGUCGAUACGUCCGGCGCUCAGCAGGGAGUCGAACAGUUGACGCUUUCUGGUGACCCUGCCCCUGAGUCUGUCAGCGCUCUUCCUGACUCCUCUCCUGCCUAGGAUGGUGAAGGCUCUGGUGGUGCUCUGGUCUGCCGCAUGACGUGUAAUGC